AUGGAGCUCACGCCAAACACCAGCCCAAGGGAAGCCAAUAGCCCGGGAGAUACGCAGCAACGUGCUGGGGCCGCCAAAUCAAAAGCCACCAUUAGAGCAUCUCUCGCCUGUGUGCCCUGUCGAUCAAAGCACGUCAAGUGCGACUCGGCCUUACCAACCUGCCUAAGAUGCCGCUUGGAGGAGAAGACCUGCUACUACGCAAAGUCUCGCCGAGGUAUUCGGGAUGCCAAGAAACGCAGUCUCAUCAACGAUCCUAUCGCACCUCCUUCAGCCUCGCCGGACACGCCAGUCUCUUUCCCAUCUCCCGAGGUGGCGAGCUUCGAUAUUCCCAUUCACGUAGUCGACAAGCUACCCUGUGGAUGGUCUCUGGCCAGGAGCUCUCAUCUCCCUGAUUUGAACACCGCAUCACCGACUUCGCUGCUCUUCGGCCUUUACUUCACCAACUUUCACGAUACCCAUCCGUGGCUCCUGCCCAGGAACCAGCUCCUGAGUCGUAUUCGGUCAAACCCUGAGCCUUUCCAUUUCCUCACAAGCUGUAUCACGUACGUGGGAUCACUCUUCUCAAAUGCUGUCUCAUCAGAGGAACUUCGAGAGAAAGCAUUCAGUCUCGCAAGUGGCAGCUUGCCUAUGACUUGCUGGACUGUACAGGGUCUCCUCGUUCUCAGUGUUGCUGCUUUUGGCGAGGGCCGAUUGGACUUGAGUGCGGGGUGGAUGGACGCUGCAACUCAGAUGGCUCUCGAUCUCGGCAUGCAAGACAAGUCGUUUGCAGAUGCUGCAGGUGAUCCUUUCGUUGCAGAGAGCUCACGGAGGACCUACUGGGCGCUGUACUGGCAAGGCAACAUGCGAGCGAUGCGCGAGGACUCGCCCGCUUUCAUGUUGUCCGGCGUUGUCGUAACGACUGAACUCCCCUGUGAAGAAUGGGAAUAUCAGUCAGGGGUUAGUCACUAUUACCGCCAAUCUGAUGUUGGUACUAACAAAAACCAGGAGAUUCCACAACCGUUGUCCCUUAAGAAGUACAACGCAAGAGAUCCUAUGGAUGAAACGAGCCAUUCGUCGUGGACGUAUCUCAUUGAUCUGUGCCGGUUGAGCACGGAGUUGAUACUCCCUAUGCCAACACUGCCACCAGGACUAUUGUCUAAUACCAUCGAUAGAGCCGACUCCAGAUUGGUCAGUUGGCUCAUCAACCUACCUAAAUGGAAACAACAGUUGGUGGACUCGGGGGGUGCAGUUGACAUGGUUCUGUUUCACGCGAUGGCCUACGCGUAUAGCCUGAGGAUCAAGAUGCAACUACCCAUGGAAGCGUCGGGAUUUGGGAUUCGGGACCUGCUCACGCUUGGCCCGCUCUUCAAAGCGCGCGACAUGACCUUACCUCGGAUGCCGCGAUGCUCCAGCUCGACUUAUCCAUGGCUCGAAUGCUCAACCGCCCUGCAAGCAGGCCUGUCGACAAUCGGUCUCUUCAACUUCUCGCUUCCACCGGCCCGAUACAGCCCUGCAUGCAUCAUCGGGUUGCGAAGGGCCGCUCUCGCACUACUCGAUGCGAGAAUGUAUGGCGGAUCAGAUUCGCCGGCUCUGCGUGAGAAGCUUGAUCUCCUGCUCGGCGUACUCAAGGUUGCCGGUGAGAUGUGGCCCGUCGCAAGAAGCAUUGGCAAUGAAGUCAGCGAAGUGUUGAGAGAGCUUAAUGUGACCAACAAUCGUGACAGCGUCACUCAGCUAAACUCAUGCAUGGAUGCUUUCAUCACUGACAUGUCAACGCCUGCGGUGGCCCCAGAUUCUGGCAUGUUUUCAUUUCCUGAGCCAAGAACAGUGGAGGAGAUGUUCAACUGGAGCACCGGAAUCAUGAACAUGGGAUUGAUGUUCUCACCAGAGGCCCAGCUACGCAUUAGGAAGAGGAUCAAAAAUGAUUGCACAUGCUUCUUCUCUUGGCCCUGUGGAAAGCCAUUGUACAGCGAACAGCGCCCAUGCUCCUCAAACGCCCCACUACCCCGCGAUGGACCGCCCUCUACAACAGUGCCCCGCCACAGCGAUAAGAGGGCCUGGACUUCAACCUCUCGACAACACCAACCCGAAACUCCUUGGGACCGAAACGACUGUGGCAUCGACACCUUGGUCGCUCACCAGGAAGACCACAACAUGAGCUUCGCGAUCGAGGUGCCCGGCGAUGCCAACCCCCUCAGCCUGCAGGAGCUCUGCCGCGUUCUCGAAUCCGCGACUUCGGCCGACUAUGCGCGCAGACAGGCCGCUGGGCAACAGCUGACAUCAUGGGAAACGGAGAAGGGAUACUUCUCUUCCCUUCAGACCGUUUUUCUCGAUAAAUCCCUUCCUCACGAGCUUCGAUUCCUAGCCGUCAUUCAGCUUAAGAACGGCAUCGACAAAUACUGGCGCCUGCUCCCCCACGUCAAAGGUGGACUGGACCCGGAAGAAAAGAAUGUCGUCCGGCAACGCUUGUUCCAGGGCACGCUCGAAGAGGAGGAGACAGGACUGUCGCUGCACAACUCCCUCGUCACCGCCAAAGUCAUUAGGAUUGACUACCCGCAGCACUGGCCGGAAGCACUCUCGCAAAUUAUCGGCUUGGUCAGGUCCUCAAAGAACGGCAAUCAGCAGCAUCUUUAUGGUUCUCUCCAGAUCCUCCUUCGCGUUGUGAAGGAGCUGGGCACCGCUCGCCUCAGAAGAUCCCAAACCGCCCUCCAGUCUGUCACCCCCGAAAUGGUGUACUUGCUGGGAGAUAUUUACACCGAAAAGUCAGCAGUCUGGGUUGAUUAUCUCACGAGUGGUCGUGGCGAGGAGGAUGCGGCCGAUGCGGCUAUGCUCAACAGUCUCAUCUCUCUUAAAACCAUUCGACGGUUGCUCGUGGUAGGCUAUGAGGCUCCUCAUAACGACAAGACGGUCGAACAGUUUUGGACCGUGUCUCAAAAUCACUUUGGCCAAUUCCUUGGCUUUGUGAGCCACGACUCGCCAGUCCCGGCACCCUAUCAAGAUACCGUGGGAAAGCACCUCCUGCAGUUUACAAAGCUGCAUAUCGACAUGUCCGAGGCGCAUCCCGCCAGUUUCGCCGUUUUACCAAAUUCUUUACCCUUGGUUCACGCCUACUGGGAUCUCGUCGCGAAGUUUGCCGAAGUUUUCGAAAAGUCAGGUGGCAUCCGGCAGUCUUCCGGUGAUUCGGGCCCAUCAGAAUCAAAGUCGAAGGUCGAGGGACCCUUGCUGGAAAGACUGGCCCUGAGGGGCCUGCUGCUGAUGAGAGCAUGCUUGAGAAUUGCAUUUUAUCCCAAGCAGACGUUCAAAUUCCGGAGUGCGGAAGCUAAGAAGGACGAGAAUGAUGCUGUUGCGCUCAUCAAGCAAGAGCUUCUCAAGGAUGAUUUCGUGGUCCAGAUGGCGAAUAUCAUCAUCACACAUCUCUUCGUCUUCCGGAAGGCAGAUCUCGAUGCAUGGGAGGAAGACCCCGAGGAGUGGGAACAACAGGAACAGAGUGAGGGCAACGCCUACGAAUGGGAAGUCCGCCCCUGCGCUGAGAAGCUCUUCCUUGACUUGCUUGUCAACUUCAAGGAUCUCAUGAUACCACCUCUGCUUUCUUACUUCCAAACCGCGUCAAACUCACAGUCAGAUAUCGCUACAAAGGAAGCAGUGUAUACGGCUAUGGGUUUGGCUGCACCCAACGUCAUGAACGCGUUCGAUUUCGAUAGUCUCCUGGUCUCGACUGUUCUUCAAGACGCGCAGCAACAAGGGCCCUUGUAUAAGGUUCUCCGCAGACGCAUCGCAAUCAUGGUCAGCCAAUGGGUUACGGUCAAGAUUGCCGACAACAGUAGACCACUCAUCUACGAAAUGUUCCGUCACUUUCUCAACCCCGCGGACCCGAACAACGACAUUGUCGUCAGAAUCACAGCCGCGCGUCAGCUGCGGUGGAUCGUAGACGAGCUUGCCUUCAGCGCAGAGGCUUUCCUCCCCUACGCAGCCGAUGUGCUUAAUGAGCUACUUCAGCUCAUCCAAAAUGUUGACGUGGACGAGACCAAGCUCGCCGUGCUGGAGUCCAUGCGUAUCUUGGUCACGAGACUAGAGAAUUACGUCUCUCAGUUCGCAGACUUUAUCAUGUCAAGCCUACCGAGCAUUUGGGAAAACUCUGGAACGGAGGAGUACAUGAUUAAACAGGCAAUCAUCGCCAUCUUUGCCGCGCUGGUUAUGUCCAUGGGCAGCGACUCUCAGAGGUAUCAUCACCUGAUGGUCCCGUUGCUCUCAGAAGCAGCCAAACCGGGCUCCGACCUGCACACGUACCUGAUCGACGAGGCAUUGGAGCUAUGGAACUCUGUUCUCAUGCAGAGCAACCCGCCCUUAUCCGCAGAUAUUAUGAGCAUCGCGGAAUUAUCACUUCCCCUGCUGGAGUAUCAAACAGAGACCGCUGCGCAGGCGUUGUCCGUGGUUGAGUCCUACAUUCUCCUUGGCACACAAGCUGUUAUGGAAGAUAGACUGCGGCGUCCAUUCUUAGUCGCUCUGUCAGGCGUUCUCGACUCUAGAAGCCGAGAGCAGGUCAGGCUCGGCACCGUGUGCAUUGAAUAUCUGAUUCGGGCCGCCUCCGAGCUCGGCGGAACCCAGGUGAUUAUGCAGGAUCUUCUCGAACUUGGUUUCUUGAAGAAGAUUAUGGAGGCUCUCCACGAUGCUUGGGAGGCACACCAGACGACCGGACCGAACAGGAAGGUUAGCAAGCUCAACACGAUAACAGAACGCGACUACUUUGCAAUUCUCUCAAGACUCCUUAUCGCCGACCCGACACUCUUCGUCACCAUGCUCACAUCUUUCGGGCCUCUAGAACAGGUUUGGGCCUGGCUCAGCGGCGAGUGGUUCUCUCACCUCGACGGGCUGGAUCAUCUUCCUAGGCAGAAGCUGUCCCUCCUGGCCCUGGCGCGCCUUAUGGAGCUCCCGCAGCCCAUGCAGAACCUCACACUGAGCAAGUUGCAAGACUAUUUCACGCUGUGGGUUGGCACCAUUGCCGAGCUCCAGGACGGUACGACGGACGGCACCGACUCGCUCAUCUGGGGCGAACUCGAGCCCACGGAUUACGAUACACCCAAGAGCAUCAAGGAGACGGAGUUUGGCGCCAAGGAUCCCGUCCACACGAUCAACGCCAUGAGAUUCGUCAAGGAGAGGCUGCAGGAUAUCGUCCAGCGCUCCGGUGGAGAACAGCAGUUUGAGCAGGAGUGGGCUGCCAAUGUGGACAAGGACGUUUUGCAGAAGUUUUGGUCGUUGACGCAGAUCACUGGCGCUUAG